GCGGCGCAGCGGGGCGGUCGCCACGGCCGCUCGCAACAUGGCGGCGCUGGCGAUGGCCGUGGCCGCGGCGGCCGCCGGGCAGCAGCAGAAUGACAGCUGUUCCAGUACGGCAGGUGCUGGUCGACAGUUUCAGAAUUGGAAGAUGAGAUCUGAACAAGCUAAGAAAGUUGAAUUCAUAAGAACUGCAGAAAAGCUAAAAACUCAGCUUGCAAAUAUAGAAAAAGACAAAAAUGGACAUCUUUACAAUAGGAAGAGUAAUUUCAGGGUAGACUACAGCAUACUAGAGCUGGAACGUAGCAUGACUGUCAGCAGGAAAACUGAAAAAGCUAAAAUUCUGCAGCAGCUAUCAAAAAUACAAAAUAAUGUGAAGAGACUUCAGCAACAUUUAAAAGAUGAGAAGCCUACACCAGAAUUUGUAGACAAGCUGAAGAAAAUGAUGGAAGAAGUUGAAAAUGCAAUCAAUGCUUUUAAAGAGGAACAGAGGCAAAUAUAUGAACAGCUUUUGAAGGAGGAAAAAACUACCAUUAAUGAGCUCAGUGUCUUUGAGAGAAAAGUAGAACUGUGGGCGGUAGGCAGCUCAACAGAAAAAGUUUUGAAAUUACCAUCAGCCAAGGUCUCAAUUGAUAAAACACUGGAAAGGCAUCUACCUGAAGAAGUACUAGAGUUUGAAAGAUUUCUUCAGCGAACAGGAGGGCAGCAGGGAGGCUGGGAUGAUUACGAUCAUCAAAAUUUUCUGAAAGUAUGGACAAAACACAAAGGAAGGCUAUCCUACAUGGAUGAAGCCCAUGAGUAUCUCUGUGGGAGAACAAAAGAAGAUAUUGAACAGCACGACAAAUGGUAUCAAGAAUUUCUAAUUUUACACAAAAGAAAGAAAGAGUCAAUUAAGAAGUGGAAAGAAAAGCAGCAGCAAGAGAAAGAAAGAAACUUGAAGGAGAAAGAGAAAUCAGAAAAAAUGCUCAAGGAAGAAUGGCUACAGCAUGAAGAAGCUCAGAAGCAAAAAGCAGAAGAGAGAAAAAGACAUCAAGCAGCAAUUGAAGCAUGGAAGAAACAGAAAGCAGUAGCAUUUGCAAUGGAACAAGAAUCACAAUUAAAACUAGAAGAAGAGAAGGAGAAAAAGCAACAAAAAGAACGCCAGCGCCAAUGGCACUUGAAGUUACUGUUGGAAAGGUACAUGUUGCAGAAGAAAGAAAAGGAGGAACUUGAAAAGCUUGAAAAAGAGAGGAGAGAGGAAGCUGAAAAGGAGGAAAGGAAGAAAAUAGCUGCAGAAGAAAUUACUAAGUUUCAAGAGCGUGAUCUACGUAAACUGGAGCUAAGGAUUCUGCAAAAACAAGCUAAAGAAGUAGAGAAACGAGAAAAAGAAAAAAGGUUGGCAAAGUUAAAAGAGAAGGUAACUUACCUUUUCGUGUGUUUUAAUCUGAAGUGUGUGCAGCUUCAUUGUUGCCCCUCUUACUUUUUUCAUGUUAUUGCCAUUUCCUGUGAUGGUGUGGAGGGAAAUGUCUCAUUCUGGCUAGCCAGCAGUGUUUUGUUUACUCUGCACCUGGUCUUACUGUGAGAAAUGCUCAGUUGCCAGUGAUCAGCAGCUCAGACAGGAUGCAUUGUGAAGCACUUAUUACGUUCUUGCAAGACCGGGUGCCCCACCAGGCGGACGCGCCUGGCAGCCAUGGUGUGAUGGUUUAUAUCCCUGUCUCUGGACAGCAAGUUCCCUCCCCUGAUUCCUCACUGGCUGAGUACCACAGGGUGUACAGACCUCCCAACCCGCCUACCGACACGCCUCUUCAUGUCUGUGUUCAUACAUCACAUGUUCAUGGAAAUGGACCUUGGCUCUCUCCAAGGUGGAGUUCAUACGCAUGAGCUCAUCACGCAACCGUACUAAGAGGAAAAGUUCAAAAGCUCAGGUUCCCCAAGCCUUUUGGUAUCUCCAUCCACCUAAAACUAGUUCCAAGUACUGGGUCCUGGCAGUUAACAAAAGGACCGCUUAUCUUCUGGCCACAGGCUAGGUGUGAAUCACUCCUGUUACUCUUACCAGGCUUGUGAAAACAACAUUAUUUCUUCCCCUUUCAAUUUCCCCGUUUUUUAUUUAUACUCUUGUUGCUUUUUGCAUAUUCUCAGAGUCUUGCUCCAUGAGUAUUUCCUAGUGUUGCCAACAUGAUUUUGCAUCUUCACCCUGAUGACAGGUCAUCUCUUGCAACCUUAACCUUGCAAUCUCUUGCAACGUAAUAGCAGUAGUUGUAACAUACAGCUGCUUGGC